AACAACAGCAAUCAUCAUCAACAUCAUUUCCAUAUAAUAAUAGUAAUUCUGCAUUAUCAAUGGUUAUUGAUUUAACCCUUAAUGAUGAUCCAAUAACAUUUCAAUCAUCAUUAGUUCCAACAACAACAACAACAACAACGGACAAUAAAUCCAUUCAAAAUGACCAUCUGGAACCAAAUGAUAAUGAUAAUUCAUAUCAACAACAACAUCUAGAUCGAUUAAAUCUAUUAAUCUCAUCAUCAUCAACAUCAUCGAUAAAAAUAGCAGCAUAUUUUUGUUCAACAAUUUAUAAACAACAACAACAACAACAAAUAUCUUUUAUCAAUGAAAUUGAUUCCAUACCGAAUUUUCAACGUAUAUUUUAUAUCAAUCAUCAAACAAAAACAACAAGUUGGUUACCACCGAAUAAUAUUUGGAAUCAAAUUUGCUAUGAUCCAACAUUGGCUACAUUACAACAACAACAAUUAAGUGAAUCAUCAUCAAUAACAUCAUCAUCGACCACAUCAACAUCAACAGAUCCAUCAACAGAAUUACAACAACAUCAGCAACAACAACAACGUGUUUUCAUCCAUUCAAAUCAUAAUCAUCCGAUUGAUAAUUCAAUACAAUCACCAACAACAUCGACAUCAAUAUUACCAUUUGGUUGGGAAAUUGCAAUCGAUGCUGAAGGUCGACAAUAUUAUAUUAACCAUAUCAAUUGUAGUACAACUUAUCAAUUACCAAUAAAUAAAGAAUUUGAUGAUGAUCCACCACCACAGCCACGUAUUGUACAAUUAAAACGUGAUAAACAAUUAGGUUUUGGUUUUGUUGCCGGUUCAGAUCGUCCAGUUAUUGUACGUUUUGUUAAAGAAAAUGGUCCAAGUGAAAAUAAAUUACAAUCAGGUGAUCAAAUAUUUGAAGUUAAUGGACAUAAUGUACGUAAUUCACCACGUGAACAUGUUAUUGAAUUAAUUAAAUCAAGCGAAGAAACAGUAACAUUAGUUGUUUGUCAACCAUAUACACAAAAUUCAAUACGUAAAUCAGCAUUAUUAACAGCAGCUAAAAAACAACGUUUACGUUCAAAUCCAUCACGUGUACGUUUUGCUGAAGGUGUUAUUGUUAAUGGUUCACCAUUAUUUCAUUCAUGUUCAUCAUCAUCAUCAUCAUCAACAACAACAACAACAAUGGCACCAACAUAUAAAUCAACAUCUUGUACAUGUGGUACAUCAUCAUCAUCGUCUUCAUCAUUAUCAUCUUCCGAAAUGUUUACAGGAACGAAUGUAUUGAAAAUAUUUUUAGAAAAUGGUCAAACUAAAACAUUUAAAUAUGAUGGUAAUACAACUGUACAGAAUGUUGUCGAUUCAUUAUGUGAAAAAUUAGCAAUAAAAUCAUAUCAACAUUAUGGAUUAAUGUGUGAACAAAUGUUUAAUAAUCAAAAUAAUGUUCAUCAUCAACAUCAUACAAAACAACAACCGGAACAACAAUUACAAUCACCAUCCGCUGCUGCUGCAUCAUCUGUAUCAUUAUCAUCACCACCACCACUACCAUCAACACCCACAUCAUCACAACAGCAACAACCAUUUCUGUCAUCAUCGGGAUUUGCAGCAAAUAUAGCAUCAUCAACAUCAUCAAAUCCGAAUAAUGUUGAUAAUUCUGGACAUUAUCAUCAUCAUAAUCAUCAAACAAAUUCUCACCAACAUCAUCAUCAUCAUCAUCAUCAUUCAAUAAAUUAUCGUAAUAAUAAUAAUAAUAAUAAUAAUAAAUUAACAUUAUUAGAUCCAAAUGAAAUGAUUGCCAAUAUUGCUGCCCGACCAAAUGCACAUAAUUUACGUUGUUUAUUUCGUAUAAUUAUCGUGCCAAUUGAUCCAGCAAAAUUAUUGGAACAAGAUCGACAAACAUUUGAAUAUUUUUAUCAACAAUGUUGUAAUGAUAUUAUAAAUGAACGUUUUGUUCCGGAAAUAAAAUAUGAAAUGGCAAUACGUUUAGCAUCUAUACAUAUUAUUGAACAUGUUUUAAGUCAACAACAACAACAACAACAACAAUCAACAAAACAAAUGGAAAAUCAAUCAAAAACAUUUUCAACAACAACAGUUAAAACUGAAACAAAAACAACAACAACAAUACAGGCAAAAAACCUGAAUCAAUUGAAUAAAAUCAAUUUAAAAUUAUUAGAUGAUGAAUAUGGUUUAGAAAAUUUUGUACCAAAAUCAUUAUAUAAAUCAAUGAAACGUAAAGAAUUAAUACGUUUAUUAUUACAUUCCAUUAAAUUAAAUCAACAUUUAUUUAUAACAAUAUCAACUGAUAAUAUUACAAAUAAUAUUACAAAUGAUAAUCAACAACAACAAAAACCAUCAAAAAAUCUGAAAAUAAUGAAAAAAUUAAAUAAUUCCAAUCAAUCAUUGAAUAAAUUAUCAUUAUCAACAUCAUCAUCAUUAACAUCAAUAACAUCAACAUGUUCAUCAUCAAUAUCAUCAUUAAAUCGUUUAAAUAGUUUUAAUAAUCAUUAUCAUUAUAAAAAUUAUCAACCAUUUAUAACAUCAUUACAGGUAAAAUUACAAUUUUUAAAAAUAUUAUCCGAAUUACCUUGUUAUGGUUCGAAAAUGUUUUUUACAACAAAACGUUUAUAUAAUCAUAAUAAAAAUAAUUCUGUCAAUGAUAAUCAUCUGGGAAGAAAAGAAAUUGAAGAAUUUCUUUUAUUUAUUCGUGCUUAUCAUUCA